UCAAACCGACGAAUAGCUGGGACGCAGGAAAGAUGCCCGCAUCUCAAACUGGAUUUGGAAACUUCUUCUUGGAGCGGAGCAUCAACAUGCCGACUGGAUAUCAGAUCCCGGUGCUGGGGAACCCGCAGAGCGUGCACCAGCAGCAGGCUCAGCAUCUGGCAGCGAUGGCAGCUGGGGUUCCUUUAACAUACUCAGGACUACCGGGAUACAACUUUAUCCCUUACCCGCACCACAGGCACAUCGCGCACAUGACAAACGGUUUCGACUUGAAGGCCGCAUCUCCCUACCAUCACGCGCUCCUGGCACGCGGGGGGCCUUUCUACCCGCCCUACCGUCCGGGUGCAACCGAGGAUCCCGGUAGGGUCCCCAAGGUGGCCACGCGAGAGAGCACCGGGGCGCUCAAGGCCUGGCUGAACGAGCACCUGAAGAACCCAUAUCCCACCAAGGGCGAGAAAAUCAUGCUCGCCAUCAUCACCAAAAUGAGCCUCACGCAGGUCUCCACCUGGUUCGCCAACGCGAGGCGACGCCUGAAGAAGGAGAACAGGGUCAGCUGGGCGUGCAAGGGCAAGUCAGAUGAGGAGGAUGAGGAGCAGGAGGGAGAGAGCGACGAGGACGACGGCUCCUUGGAGAAAUGUCACCUGGAUGAGCGGGAUGAGGAAGAGCCUCACACUGACCGCGCGGACAGCGACGAGCGCGUCCAGGGCGCGUUGGAGAGCUCGGCACCGGUGGACGCGCGUCUGGAGACGCAGCACGAGGACAGAGAGCUCGCACUUGUGAAGAAAGUUGAACAGAGUGACUCCGAUCACACGCCAUCCGGACUGGAGAGCAAAGAAAACAUCUCCAGUCAAAAACCCAAAAUCUGGUCUUUGGCGGAGACGGCGACCUCAGAGACUGUGAAGAAACCUCUGGAGCAUAUUUACCACCCGGCAGGAAAACUGUGGGCCGACUGGGCCUCAAGAACCGGACUCUUCGUCCCCUCGUGUUACUCCACUCAUGACAUUAUCUGAGUGUCAGACUGAAACCUCCUCCACAUCUUUUGCACUUUACUCUCUCAGACCUCAGGGAUUUCCUGAAGUUUGACAUGAAAUGAAAUUCUGUAUUUUUUUGGAAAACCAAAGACUCAACACGUUGUGUUACUGUAAAUAAAUGUAGAUGUAUUUUUCCACCAACGACCUGUAAAUUAUGUUUCCUUUGUCUCAACAUGAAGAAAUAUUUUUGCUUAAAUAAAAUCCAGCCUCUGGUGAUAAUCAGACA